AUGCAACGUGUUACAGCAUCGAAAUCACGCUUACGAUUCGGCCUCUUCUUCCCGACCUUUGAUGUCUUCGUCGACUCCCCGUCGUUUUACGCUGUCUGCGGCCAUGCUGCGCGGCGCAUACACAUGGGAUGGGAUGCAAUACCGAUUCAAAACCACUCCGCGACUAAACAGGCGCGACAAAGUGUGGGGGCACUGUCGGACGGCGAGGAGACAACGAUUGAGUUUGAGUACGUGUACUUAUCUCUCCCUGGACCUUCCAACUUGACGACGACAGCUCCGGGUGGUCAAACGCAGGCUGAGCCAAAUGUUAACCGUGCUUCUACGAUGACACAGCUGAAUUUGACGCCAUGGACGCCGGAGUCCCGUCAUUUACCGCAACAUUUGGCCGACUGGAAUGAGGCCUCACCAGUGAAGUUUCCCAGUCCGUCUGGCGCGGCUCUGUGCCGGACGUUCGCGACGCGGAAUGCAGGAGCCAAAUCUCGCCUCGGAACGCCCUUCCGCCCAAGCUUCGGCUUCAAGACCCGCGCUAUAAAGUGUUCCUCUCCCGACUAUCCUUCGGCUGCCAGCCUGCCUCUUCGCCUGAUGCCCCAGAUAAUAACCAUGGCUGACUUUCAAAAGGCCCAUCGAGACCGCGAGCGUGACGACCCGCCGGGGCUACAACUAGUAGACGACGACACCAUGUCUUGGCAGCAUUGCGGCAGCUCCGACUACCAUGCGCAUGCAUCCUCCCCGUUUGCCAGCCAGCACUCCCUCGACAGCAAAGCAGCAACCUCUCUCGGUCACUUAACGCUAGCUUCCACUGUUUGGAAUGCGAGCGGUAGCUCGACCGCGCAUCUUAACCGCACGCCGAAGUUCCCCGAGGGAGGACGGAAGGGAUACCUCGCUGUGUUUGGAGGGUUCAUGGCCUUGUUUUGCACCUUUGGGCAGAUGAACACGUUUGGGACGUUCCAGGCGUGGUAUACAGAGCAUCAGCUACGGCAUCUGCCACCAUCGACGAUAGCGUGGAUUGGGUCAUUACAGCUGUGGGUGUUCUUUCUUUCGGGCGGGCCCAUUGGGAAGAUAUUCGAUGCCUACGGUCCACGCUGGCUCAUGGUUGUCGGGACCAUUGUCUACGUCCUGGCUAUCAUGAUUACCAGUAUCUGCACGAGAUAUUAUCAAUACCUAUUAGUUCAAGGGCUGUUGUUCGGGCUGGGGGUUGGACUAAUGCAAGUGUUAUUUGGGUUCUACCCAGCCCUGUCGAGCGUGUCGACUUAUUUUUCCAAACAUCGCGCCACCGCACUGGGGAUUGUUGCUUCAGGCUCAAGCUUUGGCGGAGUAAUGUACCCGAUAAUGCUUGAGCGCCUCUUUCAGCGAGUGGGCUUUGGCUGGGCUGUGAGGAUAUCGGGUCUGCUCAGUGGAACCGUGUGUUGUGUUGCACUCGCGACCGUUACCCGUUACGCCCCGCCCAAGCAACGCAGCGCCAGCACACGCAUGAUCAUAGCCGAUACUAUCCGCGAUUCGCGGUUCGUUCUCCUUGCCGCGGGAAGCUGCUUCGUUGCACUCGGCUUGUUCAUCCCCUUCAUCUUCAUCGUCGAAUACGCACACGACAUUGCCAUACCCGCCGACAAGGACUUCACCGUGCUCGCUGUGAUGAAUGCCGGCGGAAUUGUGGGGCGCUUCGUGCCCGCAUACCUCUCCGACCGCAUCGGCCGCUUCAACCUCCUCGCACCAUCAGCACUGCUCUCUGGCCUCCUCUGCGUGUUCCUCUGGCUCUUCGCGCGCUCGCUAGCUCCGUUAUUGGUGUUCGCAGCGCUGUACGGCUUCAUGAGUGGGGCGUUCAUUAGCCUCAUCACGCCAUGUGUCGCUCAGAUCUCCGAUAUACGCAUGAUUGGUAGUCGUAUCGGGAUCUUGUAUAGUAUCAUUGCCACCCCCGCAGUCAUUGGCCCACCCGCUGCUGGUGCGCUAUUGCGAGCCUCAGGCGCGAGGUCCGAGGCCAUAUACACGGGCAUGAUCCUCUUCUCUGGCCUCACCGUCAUCGUCGGCGCAUGUGUCAUUUUCUUGGCGAAGCUUCGGAUCGAUAAGCGGCUUCUCGCGCGAGUGUAG